AUGGCUUCCUCAGACUCCUCCGCCCAGGAACCACACGACAUGGCGCUGAUCCUCGAUCAAUCUGUGUCUCUGACGCUCGGCACAGAUUCGCUACUCAUAAUUGAUGAUCGUCCUGGUCGUAAAGCCGAUCGAAGGUGCUGCGGGCUGCUCAAGUCUAAACCAGAGACCACUCAUGCCAUCUCUCUUUACAAUAUCCUCGGUGCCGAAGUGACGGCUUCGACCCUGGUCAUCGCGUAUGCCGAGCCCGUUGGCAAGGACGAUGUUUCCGUCACGACCGUUCAAUAUCCAAUUGCCGAGAAGGAAAAGAAGGCUGUUGAUACCUGGGUUCAAAUAUUGCUACAGUUGGCUUAUGGCAAGGCGCUUCGUGGGAAGCGCUUGAAGAUCCUGGUCAAUCCAUUCGGUGGGAAAGGCACAGCCGCAAGCUUGUACCAGAGAUAUGCGGCGCCAGUCUUUGCAGCCGCGAAGUGCCAGGUGGAUGUUGAACAUACUACACACCAGGGCCAUGCAAUGGACAUCGCCGAGAACCUCGAUAUCGACGCCUACGAUACGGUGGUCUGCUGUUCGGGCGAUGGAUUGCCAUACGAGGUCUUUAAUGGCCUCGGCAAGCGGCAAGACGCCCACAAAGCCCUGACACAAACUGCCGUUGCGUUGCUUCCAUGUGGUUCUGGAAAUGGGCUUACUUGGAAUGCUUUUGGGACUGGCAGUGUCUCAAUUGCGGCUUUGGCGAUUGUCAAGGGCGUGAGGACCCCUUUGGACCUCGUCUCAAUCUCACAAAAAGAUUCGCGGACACUGUCCUUCCUCUCGCAAUCCUUUGGUAUUGUCGCGGAGUGUGAUCUAGCUACCGAGAACAUCCGAUGGAUGGGCGCGCAGCGAUUCACAUAUGGCUUUCUGGUCCGCCUGAUGAGGCAGACGAUAUGGCCAUGUGAUAUUGCGGUGAAGGUUGAGAUCGGGGACAAAGAGGCAAUCAAGGAGCAUUACGCAGCAUGGUCUACCCGCCCUGCGGAGGCCGAUGCCGAUAGUAAGCGCCUAGAAACCGCAGCCCUGUCUCCAGGUCUACCUGAGCUCAAGUACGGCGGCGUCACAGAUGAUCUCCCCGAUGACUGGGAUGUCGUACCGGGAGAAACCAUGGGAAACUUCUAUGCCGGCAACAUGGCGAUCAUGUCCAAGGAUACAAACAUGUUCCCUGCCACUUUGCCGAAUGAUGGACUCAUAGACGUUGUCACAAUCGACGGCCGAGUCAGUCGUGGCACUGCAAUUACAAUGAUGAAUGAGAUUCCCAGUGGUCGCUUCUUCGACAUGCCAGAACUCAACCUCCGCAAGGCAUCUGCUUUCCGUCUGACUCCUCACCAGAAGGAAGGCUACAUCAGCAUAGACGGUGAGCGAGUGCCCUUCGAAGCAUUCCAAGCCGAGGUCCACCAAGGCUUGGGCACCAUUCUCACAAAGUCCGGCCGUCUAUAUGAAGCGGAAGGCCCUCGCUAA